GUCAACUUCUUUACAACCUGGCACUGAAAAAAACAGCUGUCCAAUCUUCAACCAGUGGCCCCUUGGGUACUGCUGGUAGAGCAGUUGAUGGAAACAGAGAUGCAAGCUAUCAAAGAGGGUCUUGCACACUUACCAGUGGACAAUCUAAUCCCUGGUGGAGAGUAGACCUGGUAAAUGUGUAUACAAUUGGAGCUGUAAUGAUAAUCAAUAGAGAUGAAAUGGAAAACAGGCUGGAUGGUGCUGAAAUCUGGAUUGGAAAUUCAACAUCAAUCAGUGGCCCUGAAAGCAUCAGGUGUGCUGUCAUCUCUCACAUUCCCAAGGGACAAGCGUUUUACUUUCCAUGUAACUCUGUGAAGGGACGCUACGUCACUGUGUUCCUACCAGGAAGUGCAAAGGUCCUAAAUCUCUGCGAGGUUGAAGUGUACUACG